CUCUUCCGUCUGUCUCGCGCAUGUGUAGUCCUCUUUACGACUCGGCUUGCGAAGAUGGCGGACAUACAGAAUGAGAGGUCUUAUCAGAAACAGCCCACCAUCUUCCAGAACAAGAAGCGGGUUCUGACCGGUGAAGGAAGUGGCAAAGAGAAGCUCCCACGUUACCACAGAAACAUUGGGCUGGGCUUCAAAACCCCCAGAGAGGCAAGCGAAGGCACUUACAUUGACAAGAAAUGUCCCUUCACCGGAAACGUGUCCAUCAGAGGCCGGAUUCUUUCCGGUGUGGUGACCAAGAUGAAGAUGCAGAGGACCAUUGUCAUCAGGCGGGAUUACUUGCAUUACAUUCGCAAGUAUAACCGUUUUGAGAAGAGACAUAAGAAUAUGUCUGUUCACCUCUCUCCAUGCUUCAGGGAUGUGACUGUCGGUGACAUCGUUACAGUUGGAGAAUGCCGACCUCUUAGCAAGACAGUGAGGUUCAAUGUCCUGAAGGUCACCAAAGCAGCUGGUGCCAAGAAGCAGUUCCAGAAGUUCUAGAACUGUUGUUUUAACAACAUGGCUACUCUAUUGUGAAAACGAAAAAUAAAAAUGUGUUCUUUAAUAA